AUGGAAGACAAGAACCAAAAACUUGUUGAACUGUUCCAGCGAGAUCAGCUGCGAGAGGAACAACAGGAACAUCUCAGUGUGCUGCACAAGCAAGCAAAGGAGCAGGAGAAGAAACCUCUGGAAAAAGAAGUGGCCAGUAAAGAACAAGUAGAACAAGCCAUCCAGCACAGUCUAGAGCUCACAUGCAUCCAGGAGGAAGAGCUGGCAGAAUUGCACAGGAAGCUGACGAGCGUACAAGGCCAGGUUGAGGAGCUGCAAGCGCAGCGACGAGCUUGGCAGCUAUAUAUGGACAUGGGUAGUGUUGAUCGUCAACAACAGAUCCAAAACCUCGAGUCAGAACUUGACACUAUAGAGCAUAAAUAUCAGGCAUUAUCAGAAUAUGUUGAGUGCUCCUUUAAAGCAGACAUUUGUAAGAUUGACGAGAUUACAUCCCGGCUGAUUGAAAAAGAGAAGCAACUUGCUACCGAGAGAGCAUUAAAACAGGUUGACAAGCACAGAUUUCAGAUGAUCGGAAAGAAUGACUGGUUUAAGAAACAGCUUGCUGUCUAUCAGGAGGAAGUCUCAGUACUGGAAGCAUCUGUGAAGAACUUAGAGGAGGAGAACUUGGAGCACAUGAAACAUCUGUUUGAGCAGCGCCUUGAGGAUGUGCAAAUCUCUAGUAGAGCUUUCCUGACUCAGUCUGAAAACCUGGAGCAUAAUAAACUCAGCCUUCCUGAAAAAGCAGAAAUAGGGAAAGAACAGCACCAGCAGUCUGGGGAGUUCUGGGAAGAUGAAAUGGAUCACAGCAGCUCCUCCCCAACUCACCAUCUCAACACACUGCUGUGUGGCAGCCAGAGCAACAUCAGAGAACCACUGCACCUGGGUCUUUUGGAGCAAAAGCUGCUGAGUGUGGUUGGCCACGCCAUGCCCCUUUAUCCUUUACCAUCUGACUCUGAGGAUUUGGACACAUUAACACACCUAGGCCUGUUUCAGGAACAAGAUAGGACUCUCACAACAAACAACAUUCACAACCGGUUCCAGUAAAAAUGCAAUUUUACUCUUUCUGUUUUUCAUUUUUGGCUACAAAAGACUGCAAAGACCUUCCAUUUCUGUGGUCUGUGUUAAACCUGGGGCUCUUUGGUGCCAUACCUAGUGGUGGGUUCUUCUUUGUACUAGAGGUCUUGCUUAAAGUUCAUUAGAAGCAGUACAAAUUAUUUUGGAUAGUGACUUUAUAUGCGGUGUUUGUGGCAAAUUCUCUUUUAGAAAUGAUUUUUAGAAAGAUUAGCACGUACGCCUCACACCUCCAGGGUUGGGGGUUCGAUUCCUGCCUCCACCUUGUGUGUGUGGAGUUUGCAUGUUCUCCCCGUGCCUCGGGGGUUUCCUCCGGGUACUCCGGUUUCCUCCCCGGUCCAAAGACAUGCAUGGUAGGUUGAUUGGCAUCUCUGGAAAAUUGUCCGUAGUGUAUGAUUGUGUGAGUGAAUGAGAGUGUGUGUGUGUGCGCCCUGCGAUGGGUUGGCACUCCGUUCCAGGGUGUAUCCUGCCUUGAUGCCCGAUGACGCCUGAGAUAGGCACAGGCUCCCCGUGACCGAGGUAGUUCGGAUAAGCGGUAGAAGAUGGAUGAAUGAAUGAAUGAAUGAAUGAAUAUUAGGUGUAAAUGACCAUGAAGUACACAAUUCUGUCACAUGCACAAACACAAACUGUCUCUCUGUGACACAUUCUGCACCAACAUUCUUUAACCUCUCCGACAAUGUUAGUUGAUUAUUUGUAUAUUUAUAUAUUUAUUAAUACUUUUUAUCUUUUUAAACAUAACUCACUUCAUGUGAUUUUCACAAUAUAUGAUUAGACAUAAAUAACAUAACUCCUCAUUACCUAGAAACUCUAAAUGUUUAUUGAAUCAUUUUUAUGACAUCAACUGCAUCCACAUGUGUAUAUGAGAUAAGCUGAAUAUCAGUAAUGAAGCAUGUUGCUCACUGAAUGUUGUGUUGAUAUAAAAAGCUUUUCUUCUGUCA